GAACAUUUGCAGUGGUAUAAUAGAGCGACGACAAGGAUAUUAUAAUAAUUUACAAUAAGCAGAUCAAACAUGGAUGGCGUGAAAACAACCAUAGUUGCUCAUCUAAAAGAGAUUUGUGUGGCUGCCGUUAUUGGAGUAGUUGUCAUCAAUGUAUAUAAUAGAUGCAAGAAGAAAAUCAAGAUAUCGUAUCCAAGAGACAUGAUUAUUCACCAUACUAUAUCUAGAGGACCGUUUGCCCCUAGCUUUACUCCAUUUUCUGUAAAACUGGAGACCUAUUUCAGGAUGGCAAAAGUUCCAUAUCAGAAUGAAUUCGACAGUGGAACUAACAUGAGUUCCAAAGGGAAAAUGACAUGGAUUGAAUACAAUGGGAAGGAGGUGGCGGAUUCAGAGUUUUGUAUCAAGUUCAUCAAUAAAACACUCAACAUAGAUUUUGACAAAGAUUUCACAGACGAAGAAAAGGCCAUUGCUUAUUCUCUUCAAAAAGUGGCGGAAGAAUAUUUCUACUGGGCGCUAUUUGUACAACGUCAUCUAUACGACACGGAAGGAGAGAUUUUUCAAUACGUCGAAGUUUCUUGGAUAGAAAAAAUAAUGUGGAAACGUGCAGCAACAAAACAAGCGCAUGCGCAAGGAAUGGGUCGCCAUUCUCAAGAGGAGGUAGAAACACUUAUUACUGAAUGUCUCCAGCACUUCUCUUCUUUCUUAGGGAAGAAAAAGUUCUUUCUUGGAGAGAAGCCUUGUCAGUCGGAUUGUGCUAUUUUUGGAAUUUUUUCCCAGUGCUACUGGCAUGGAUUCGGUUUAUUUGUAGAAAGGGAAUUCAAAAAGUUCGAAAAUCUCUGUAAUUACUGUGAGAGGAUGAAAGCAGAAUUUUGGCCUGACUGGGAUGACUGUAUUACACACGGUAAUACAAGGGAGGCGACUAAAUGAGGGAUAAAAUAUAGUUAUCCUACUUUUGCAUGCCAUGACAGAUUACUUCCACAUGUGCGUCUUUUUUUAUCACUUUAAUUAGGGUAAGAAUUAGAAUUACACCAAAAAUGACAGAACAAUUCGAAUGAAGUGACAAGGGUUUGAUCCAUAGGCCUAGAGGUCCUUUACCACAAUUGAAGUAGAGUAGGGUUUAUUUUUUAUUAACCAGGGGUAAAGUUUUGUGUUAAGUUUCAAAGAAGUUCCAGAAAAUGUUUAAAGUUUUUAUGGACCCUUUUCUGUGAGCAAUAAGUACUUUUAUUAUUAAUUUUUUAAAUAU